AUGCAGGCUAAUGGAAAGGCCAAGAUGAUGGAGGCCCAGGGCCGCAAGUCCAAGCUGGCUAGCUCCUAUCAGGCGCUGUUAGACGAAUUCUCUAGCAAAGAACUGAAAUCGGUCGGAAACUACGCCGUCGGCCGACUCAUCGGAAAGGGCUCGUUUGGAAAGGUCUACUUAGCCACACACAAGCUCACUAAUGGCUCCAAAGUGGUUCUCAAGUCCGCCAAUCGCGGAGACCAGAACCUCGCUCGCGAAAUCCACCAUCACCGACAAUUUGUCCACCCUCAUAUUGCACGACUAUACGAAGUUAUUGUGACAGAAAACAUGGUCUGGCUUGUACUAGAGUACUGCUCUGGCUCCGAGCUCUACACGUAUCUUCUCGACCACGGGCAGCUAGCCGUACCCAAAGUGCAAAAGAUCUUUGCGCAGCUGGUUGGCGCUGUAUCUUACGUGCACAAACAGUCCUGUGUCCACCGCGACCUGAAGCUCGAAAACAUUCUGUUCGACAACCACGAAAAUGUCAAGCUGGUCGACUUUGGCUUCACGAGAGAAUACGAGGGACGAACGAACCAUUUGCAGACAUUCUGUGGCACAAUAUGCUAUUCAGCACCCGAGAUGCUGAAAGGAGAAAAGUACGCCGGCGAAAAGGUCGAUGUAUGGAGCUUGGGAGUCAUUCUGUACGCAUUGCUCUGCGGCGAGCUCCCCUUUGACGACGAUGACGAUAACGUAACAAGAUCUAACAUAUUGGGCGACGAGCCUCGAUACCCCUCGCAUUUACCAGCUGAAGCUGCGGCUUUAAUUAAAUCUCUGCUAUCCAAACGACCGAUACUACGCCCCUCUCUACCAGAAAUCCUAUCCCACCCAUUUCUGUCGGACCAUGCCCCGGCGCAAAAAGCUAUCCUGGACGUGAAGCCAACUGCACCAUUCUCGACACCAUUGGAGAAGGAUUGUUUACAACGAAUGCGAAGCGCCGGCGUGGAUAUUGACUCUGUUAUUGAGAGUGUCAUUGCUGAAAAGGUCGAUGCCUUGGCCGGCUGGUGGACAUUACUUCUUGAAAAAGAACAACGUAAGAUGGCUCGCAGGGAGAAGAAGCGCCGAGAAAAGGAAAUGGAAAAGAGUCUGCGCCGUCUAUCGGCGGCAUCUAGCAGACUAGCACUCACUCUACAAGAUGUAGACGAGGAUGGCAACGCAGCGAUGCAUUUCCUAAAGCUUGGGGAAAGUGGUAGCCAAAGACGCGGUCGUAGCGAGCGAAGGAGUGCUCAGUACUACGAUUUGGCUAGUGGUGAACUACCCCAGCUCAAGGAACACCUUGCCGGGCUUGGUGACGAUAAAGCUGAUUCGCGAUCUAUCCGCUCCAUUCGAUCUGCCUCGACAUAUAGCCACCGACCUAUCCCACCGCCGAAAGAAGGAGUUGUACGCGCCGCUAGAUCUCGCGGGUCAACUCUGUAUCUCAUCACCACUGCAGACGCGGUCGGGGCAGAAGAACAGCAAGCGACACCUCCACGCCCUAAUGAGUCGGAUACUAGACAGAAGAAACCCAAGAAGAAGCCCAGCCAGGCCUUUAUAGCACACUGGAAGAACUGGACACACUGGGUAGUGGAAACGACGACCCGUCGCAAGAAGGGUCACGAGCGUCAUGCUAGCCGCAGCACCCCGGACCUCCAUAACAAAGAACAGCAAAACGGCAAAGAGCAUAACCCUCGACCACAGACAAGCAAAUACCCGAAUACCAGCUCUCCCGGUGCUCCUGGCACUGCGUCGUUGCCCAAGGGCGUUGUGGCUAAUGGCCACGUUUCCAAGGCUACCGCAGCGCAGACCUCUGCCACAAAAGCUGCACGGUAUAACGGCAACACCUUGGCCACACCAACACAGCCAUACCGACCGCGACUAUCGACAUCGCAAACGAGAAAGAGACACUCGAUAUCACCUGCUCCAAUGACCCCUCGCUCGGCGAUUCGAAGGUCCUCUGCCGGUCUGCGUGGCCGCAAAUCGACUUCAUCAUCCGUCUCAUCUGUCCGUUCUAUACACCACCACCGACACUCUCAUUCAAAGGCGUCAUCUACGAGCUCAACGGGAUCUGCCACUCUGAUAAAGACACCGAUUGCACGUACACAGUCGCCCCAUCACUCGGUCAAGGUACUUCCCGCUACGCCAACAGCGAACGCCCUCCCAUCCAACAUUAGGCUCGUACGGGGUUCUCCUGCGCCUCUUCAAAUCUACACAGAAGGAAUGCCAGCUCGUGCGCCAGGAUCGCCUAAUCCGUUUGCAUCUGGAGUCCAGUUUGCCAAGCGGAAGAAGAAUCUCUUUAAAGGUCCUACGUUCAACUUCCCUGGUGCUGCUCCCGUUCGAACACCAUCAGGUGGCCAUUCCCGUAGCGGCAGUGGAUCUGCCCUCGGUCGACCAUCGGGGGAGCUUCCUAUCCAGGAAGAAGAUGAGGACUAUGCGGAGGAGGCAGGUGACUACGUGGAAGAAGUCGAUGUGUUCAACCCUGUCAUUGGCGGACCAGGUGAGACUAUUGAAGAGCAUAUUAUUGAGGAUGGGCAGGACGGCUAUCCAGAGGCGCUUCCUAGUCCGAUAUCCGCGGUUUAG